CACUGUAUAUAUGCAUAUUUACUUUCGCUAUUUUACACGCCAUUAUGUGUGACGUACAUCAUAUGCGCCCUCGAGUUUGAAAAAUCUAUUAGCCAUUUCAUAAACAGAUUAGAUUUAAUCAACAAAAAAUCCAAUUAUCACGUUAACAGCUUGUUGGAUAUCAUUGCAUUAAGGUGUUUUGUAGGGCUGCAACAGGUACCCCGAAAUAACGAAAACCGUGGGUCGCAGCGUUCGGGUCGGGUUCAGUUCCAUAUUUUGGUUUGGGUCUGGUUUUUAAAAUGGAAUCAUUAUUAGAAAUCCGUUUCAAUGAUACGUCGUCAGAAUCCUCAAAGGUGGCUGUAUUUUGAUCAAUUGUCAAAUGAUGGCAUUUUGGACAAAACUAUAAACAAUGACAGUAUGUAAGAUAUAUAUAUGUUAAAUGCAUUGAUAAUAUGCCACAGGAUCAACAUCGUCAAGGACAAAACAUUGAAAGCAUGGAAUGGAAACAAGUACAGACUGUGGACAAAAGUAUCGGAACGGUUUACGUGACGUUACACAAGAAUGAAACCGUUCGUGUUAUUUACGGCAGGCAUUUUCAGUGUAGAUACGAUUUGACACUACACCUUAGGUAUUUUCAUAAUGAUGAUGACUUCCUGUUUACACUAACUACGUUAUUUUUGUCGUCUGCAAUCAUAAAGUAAGUAAAGACCUCUCCAAACAACAUGGCCUCGAAACAUAAAUAUGCAUCGGAUGGUGUCAAACAGUCAGUUGCUACAUUAGUUCAGAAUGGAAAUUCUUUUCAGAAAGUUGCAGAUAUGUUAGAUAUGGCUAAAACAUCUGUGCAUCGAAUUUACGGAAAUUUCUGUGAACGAGGAACUGUAAAAACAGCCCCUAAAACAGGUCGCAAGAAAAGUCUCAGCGAUCGUGACGGAAGGAAAAUUUUACGACAAGUGAAGGCUAACAGGAAAACUCCAUUGGCCGAUGUGACGAAUAAUUUUAACAAUAAUGAAAACAGAAAUGUAUCCAAAAAGACAGUGUGGCGUUUUCUUAAGAAUCAGAGGUAUAGUCGAUGUGUCUGCAAGAAAAAAAUCAGGAUUUCCCCUGUAAACAGACAGAGAAGAAUGGCAUAGUGUCGAGCCAAAUCAACAUGGACAAACGAUGACUGGAAAAAAAUUAUUUUUUCAGACGAGAGUCAAAUUGUUAUUGGUAGUGAUAACAAAGUGUAUAUCUGGAGAAAAAGUGACGAGGCCUUUAGACCAGAAUGUAUUUCACCUGUAAAAACCAAGAAACUUGCCGUGAUGGUUUGGGGUAGCAUAACCUAUCAUGGCGUCGGCACAUUAACACGUGUGGAGGGGAACAUCAAUUCAGAUAAAUAUAUUCAAAUCAUAGACAACAAUCUAUGGCCAGUAAUAGCAAGACACUUUCCUGACAAUAAUUAUAUAUUUCAAGAUGAUAAUGCACCAGUUCAUCGUUCUAGGGCUACUAAAACAUUCAUGGAAUAUAACCAUAUCAACACGAUGGAGUGGCGGGCACAGAGCCCAGAUAUAAACAUUAUAGAAAAUUUAUGGUUAAAGAUUAAAAAAAAGAUAGAGCAAUCAAUGGAUGAGAUUACCUCUGUGGAACAAUUAUAUGAUAAAAUUUAUUCAAUUUGGACCCGUUUCGAUUGUGAAACUAUUAAACAUUUGUACCAAUCCCUCCCCAAGAGAAUCACUGCAGUACGGAGAGCCAAAGGCUAUAUCACGAAAUAUUAAAGUAAGUUUUGAUGAAUAAGGUAUUUUUUGGACAGGGAGAUACAAAAUUGUCUUCUCUUUAAAAUAGUGGCAAUUUAUUUUUAGUAUUCUUUAUGAAAUAUGGUUAUUUUUAGCAUCGAAUCAAACGCGAGUAUUUUUGCAAACUGGACAACGUCAUAAAUCGUUCCGAUACUUUUGUCCACAGUCUGUACAUGUACUAAGAAGUGACAAUGCUGUGUCUAGUACCAUGUAUGUCGAGUAAACCUCAGUCCACGUCCCGGAGUAAUUAUUUUAACAAAAUACAAUAAAGAUGUUUGAUUUCAUCUGUAUUUUAGAUUUUUAAAAUAAGUUAUAUUGACCCGAACAGAAAUACCGGAACCCGAAGUUAAAAAUUUAGAACCGACCCGAUCCAAAAAAAAUUGGAACCGUGACAGCCCUAGUGUUUUGUGCCAUGUAAGGGUGUACUAGUUGUCAGUAGAAAGGAUUUAGACUUUAAAAUAAAUUUGUAGAUGUGCAUAUUGUUAGAACAGGAGGAUACAAUUAUUUUCCUAAAAGUUAAAGUAGAUCUAAGAGGGUUAGAAGGUGUAAAAUAUCCUGUGAACACUUUUCCUAUAUGGCUUAUCGAAUAGAUUCAAAACUUUGGACAAUGCUUCAUUGCCAUUUGUAGAUCUGCAUAUUGUUCGGGACAGGAGGAUCCAAUUAUUUUCCUAAAAGUUAUGGUAGAUCUAAGAGAGGUGGAGGGGUAAAUUAGCUUGUGAACACUUCUCUUCCUAUAUAGCUUAUUGGAUAGCUUUGAAAUUUUGUGCAAUACUGCAUUAUCAUUUAAUGAUUUUCUUAUUGUUCUGAUGAGGGAUCUUUAAAAUAUUUUUCUACAAUUUACAGUGGAUCAAAUAGUGUUUUAAAGCUUUAUUCAUGUACAAGGGGAUGUUCACUUUCCUACUGGUACUUCAGCAUAACAAUCAUCGUUUUUGCAUCAUACAUAACAUUGGCAUUUGUCACAUAGAUGUUGAAUCUUUUCUCCAUCUUUUUCAUCAAUGCACAAAGUACAGUUCAUAAUGUCUUAUGUUCCUGCUCAUGCUUUCUCCUCCAUAUUAUGCAGUACAUUAAGGGGAGGAGGUUGUAAUUUGGAGCACUUUCAAUUUGGGAGCUGAGGAGACAAUUGUUUUUAACAAAAACAAAUUACAUUUUGAUAUAUAUAUUCUAAAAUUUCAGUAUCAGAAUUGUAUUAAACCAAGUGCUUAUAGUGUAGAGUUCCUUUUUAGCUCACCUGAGCUGAAAGCUCACGUGAGCUUUUCUGAUCACCCGUAUUCCGGCGUCCGUCCGUCCGUCUGUUCGUCUGUAAACUUUUCACAUUUUCAACUUCUUCUCAACAACCACUGGGCCAAUUUCAACCAAAGUUGGCACAAAACAUCCUUAGGUAAAGGGAAUUCUAAAUUGUUAAAAUAAAGGGCCAGGCCACCUUCCAAGGGGAGAUAAUCAAGAAAAGGUAAAAAUAGGGUAGGGUCAUUAAAAAAUCUUCUUCUCAAGAACCACUGGGCCAGAAAAGAUGAAAUUUAUAGAUAAGCUUUAUUAGGUAGUGCAGAUUCUAAAUUGUUAAAAUCAUGCCCCCGGGGGUCGGAUGGGGCCACAAUGGGGGAUCAAAGUUUUACAUACAAAUAUAUAGGGAAAAUCUUUAAAAAUCUUCUUCCCAAGAACCACUGAGCCAGAAAAGCUGAGAUUUAUAUGAAAACUUCCUUAUAUAAUGCAGAUUCUAAAUUGUUAAAAUCAUGGCCCCCUGGGGUAGGAUGGGGCCACAAUAGGGGAUCAAAGUCUUACAUACAAAUAUAUAGGAAAAAUCUUUAAAAAUCUUCUUCUCAAGAACCACUGAGCCAGAAAAGCUGAGAUUUAUAUGAAAGCUUCCUGAUAUAGUACAGAUUCUAAAUUGUUAAAAUCAUGGGGCCAAAAAUAAAAAUAUGUUUGUUUCCCCUUGCCCCGACCGGGUCAAAAAAAAGGGCCCGGGUCAAAAGUUUUUUUGCCAAAAAAUUGCGAUGUUGUUUUUUUUUUAUUUCCGUAAAAAAAAUCGUGUCCGCUCCGUGUCGGUUCUAGACGUUACUUCUGCUUUUUUCGGAAGUUACCGGGAUUUAUCGAUACUUGAAAAAAUGGGUGACAGAAUAGCGUUGUCGUCUACUGUAAAGAUAAAAUACAAACACACAUCUAAAGUUGUGCCCAUAAUAGUCAACAGACUCUACAGUUUCUCCAAACACUGUACAUGGAAUGAGGUUUUGAAUGAUUUGACAGCGGACGGCGACCAUAACAUAGACAAGUCGGACGAAGUAACUGUCACCGUGUCGGACAAACUUGCCAACGGUGUAACUUUUGAGCCACAUUUUGAAGAACAGAUACAAGUGGUUCACAACUUUGAUAAAAAAUUGAAAUAUGUACAAUUUGACGUGAUAAGAGACUUAGAACCAAAUAAGAAUGUACCAAAAGGUCAAAAUCCUCCUACAUGUCCUACAGCUUUCGAUGUUUUGAUGAGAAAGUCCAGCACACUGACAAAGCUCCCUCAAAAGAUUGAUGAAGCCUCUCCCAGAUUUACAGCUAAACAAAAACUGUACAACGGGAUAGUGAACAUGUUUGUGGAAUUUGAAGACAAGUUUCCAGUUGUAAUGACGGACAAAGCCAUUAGUGACCAAGUGAUCAUGCCAUUGACCAAUGCUGUGUGGUACUUAAGUGGAAAUAUGGGGACAAUUCAGGAGCGAGCUGUACAUAUGCCAGAUGUUCAAGGAAUUCCUGCAAGGUUUCUUCAGUAUGAUGGCAUCAAUGACUUCAAGAAGAAAAAGGAGAAAAAACCUUCAUUAAAUGCAAAAGAACUUAAAUUACAUGGCCAAUGCGUAUUCAGGGUAGCCUCCAAACCAUAUGCAAACCAUUGGAAUAUCAAAGAUGAAUUGCAUCUUUUGGCAAUUUCCUUAGAUUCUUAUUCUGAGUACUUAGAUAAUGCCAAUCAAAACCAAAAAAUGCGCCAGGAAAAGAUGCAUCCUGUCCGGCAAGUAGAUACCCAUAUGUCUAUUCAGCAUGUCGAAAAAACAAACGAAGUAUUAAACAGAUAUUCCAAAUUAGAUCUUGCGCUUUCAGAGAUGGCAUUUUUUGAACCGUUGUUUUUUGAUGAAACAGCUUUUGGUCCUGAAAUUGAAAUGAAUAGUUCACAGAGAUAUAAAUUUCUAAACAGUAUUGCACUAUCUGUUGAUUUGCAUGUGCUCCAGUAUGACCCAGGUGCUGGCUUAGGGGCAUUGACCUUUUUUUGGAAAGUUCAGGAUAGUAUGUCUACAAAAGAUUUGCAUUUGACGGAUAACCAGGUUAUACACAAUCUCCGUCCUAAGUUGCCCGAAUACCAUACAAGAAAAAUGCGUCUAGAAUUUUAUUCCAUAUAUGAAAAAAUAUCGGGUGUUACAAUACCACCCCACAUACUACGGUCAAUCUAUGCUACAUUGACAGGCGAUGCCACUACCGAUCAAAACCCAGCGAUUGAUCAACGUAUGCGUACAGCUGUGAUGGCUUCAGAUCCAGAACUUAUAGUGGACCUCCGCCUUCUGAACAAGGGGUGUCCGAGUGACACUUUUGAUGUGUUUUUCUCUACAUUGGAACACGAUCUAGAGGAAUUAAAGGCAGCAGAUGAAAGGAGACACGGCAUUGAACAUAUCUCAAAAUAUCUGUCUGUAAGAGAUCUUAUCAAUCAAGUUAAGGCUAAACUUCCUGACGAUGUGCCAAUUCCUAGUGAAUCAACAGUCCUUUUGGCUUUUGUACCAAAAAAUGCUCAUGCAAAUGUCGCAAAGUUAUGUAAAGGCCGCGUACCUUUAAAAAUGAAAGUUCAAACCAGACAACUGCGUGCCAGUCAUCAGGAUGAACAUUACUGCGCUAGUAUAUUCAAAAUGUUGAGACAGUAUGCAAUAAAGUUUAGAGACAAAGUUACAUUUGUAUGUAUGGACGACAAGUCCAAGGUUGAUUUUGGAGAGCCUGGUGUCCAUAUAUCAUCAGGAGUGCGUGGAAAAAAAUCUAUUAUGCCAGUUGAUUCGGCGUUAUCCUGUCUAGAUCAUGAUGUCUCUAGCAAAGGUUCCCUUACUCCAUCAGUUGCAUUAUUUGUUGACAUACCGGAGGACGUAUCAGAGUCAUUUAAUAGAGGUCAGGUUGCUUUAACGAUGAAAGACAGCACAUUUCAGCCUAGUUCUCCUUUCAGACACGCUACAGAAUUGAAAAACAUUCUUGAUCAAGUUGAUGUUAAUGACAAAAAACCUGCUCUGUUUCUUUACACAGAUGGAGGGCCUGACCAUCGUACAACUUACAACAGCGUCAAAUUAUCUUUGAUUAUUUUGUUUAAACAGCUUGGCUUAGAAUUCUUAGUCGCUUGUCGAACAGCCCCAGGACAUUCCUGGGCUAAUCCGGCAGAAAGAAUUAUGUCCUUGCUAAAUAUAGCUUUCCAGAACACGGCUUUGUCCAGGGAGGAAUCUACCUCAGACAUUGAACAAGUUAUUAGGUCAUGCAAUGGAAUGGGUGAAAUAAGACGCAAGGCGGAGAAAGUUGAUGGUCUAAAAACUAAGUGGAUCGAAUCUGUGAGGCCUAUGAUUAACCUGUUAGAAGAACGUGCAAAGCGUGUCCAACUGAAAGGGAAACCCUUUCAAAGUUUUCCGGCAGCAGAUGACAUCGAUGUAGAGAUGACGGAAGCCAGUGUAACUUUGAUUGACCCCACUAUUAGCAUUGGGAACUACCAACAGACCCAUAUGAACAAAGCUAAAAGCUUUAAGGAUUUCAUUGGAAAGCACUGUCAAGAACGCCACUAUGUGUUCCAAAUCAGGCGAUGUUCAGAUGCAGAGUGUUGUCCGCCAUCUUCUAAAGAAUGGCAAUGGUUGCCAGACCCGGUAAUGGAUAACACUGGAAAACACUAUAAAUCUCUGGAGGAAGUCUUGGGAACAAUCACCACAGAGAAAGAUAGACCCUCAUCCACAAAUCAAACAGUGGCAGCAGUUGCUCAGGAACAACAAGGUUGUGAAAACAGAAUGCUUGUUGCCCAGAAUGUGAGAUCUACAAUAAAAUGCACUGAAUGUGACAAACCUAGAUGCAUUUAUUCUAAGCUGAAGUUGAACCCUCGAGAUUUAAGAGCCUUGAAGCACACAACAGAUAAAUAUGACUACACUUGCGGGGCAAUUUUAGCACCAGAAGGGGAUGUUCUACAUGGAAAAGUUUUCACAAGACUCCAGCUUGCAUGUACCAGUCACAUUGAAUUUGCAUACUACAGCUCGGAUGUUGGCCGCAAAGACAUAUGUGCAUAUUGUGUUGCAACAGAGAUCCAAAAGGACAAGGACUUGUGCAAAAACUUUAAAGUUGUGCUGCCAGUUUGUGACUUGUGUCGUUCAAAAAAAUUGGAAGUCCCAAAGAGAAAUCCAAUUAAGAAAUAGUUAAUUCUAGUCUGACAAUCAGUUAAUUCUAGUCUGAUAUUCAUCCUCUCUAAGUCAUUCUUUUUAACAUGUUGUUUAUGAUUUUUGUUUCUACUUGUUUCUAGUCAAGAAUAAAUGUUUUUUGUUUUAAAA